GUUCUCUGGACCUUUUCGAUUUAUCUUGAAGCUGUUGCAAUUCUUCCACAGCUUUUUAUGUUAUCUCGUACAGGAGAAGCUGAGACUAUUACAACUCAUUACUUGUUUGCGUUAGGUGCAUAUCGUACCCUCUAUUUAUUGAAUUGGAUUUGGAGGUUUUACACUGAAACUCAUGUGGAUUUAAUCGUAUGGGUCGCUGGUAUAAUUCAGACUGCUUUAUAUAGUGACUUCUUUUACAUUUAUUAUACAAA